UGUUUUGUUUUCAUAUUGAUUGCAAUUGAACCAGAGUUAAGCUUUAACAGUUUUAUACGAUUUAAUCUCGUCACUAUGGCAGAUAUAAAAGUGUUAGUAGCAAGCCGAGGUCGCUGCAAAGGCGCAAUUACGCGUUUGAAAAAUUCGUAUAGUGAGGAAUCUUAUACGAAAAUGCCGGUCGAAAAAAUUAAAGUUAAACGGCAGCACUUAAAGGAGGUUUACGCAGACUAUAAUAGUCUGUGCGCGCAGAUUCUAGCAGUCGACCCACAGGAUAAUGACGACCAGGCGGACGUGGAAGAAACAUACCUCGAUUUGUUGGCAAAUUUCGACCUUGUUUUAAACAGUUUACAAGGCGGCAACGCGGCGUGCUCAACAUCACGGAUAAAGCUACCGAACGUAGUUAUUCCUACAUUUACUGAAGUCAAGCAGCAUCUGGCAGCAUUAAAAAACCUGGGUGAGCCCAUAUGGGACAGCAUCAUCGUAUGUAUUGUGCUACGCAAAUUAGACAUGCUGACAAGCCGGGCUUUCAAGAUGGAGCGCGACAACAAGUCUCUGCCAACAGUUGUGGAGCUGACAGAGUUUUUAGAGCGGCGAGCGUUGGCUUUAGAAACCAACGACAACAUUCCUGUCCAGAACACGCGCCCGCAACGCCUUGUUAGCCAUGCUGUAGCAACACCCUCUGCUUCUGCUGCAUGUUCUUACUGUAAGUCAUCCCAGCACAAAUUAUUUCAAUGUCCCAACUUCAAACUUGCUGCACCAAACAAGCGCUUAGAGUUUGCAUUAGACAACAAAAUAUGUAAAGUUUGUUUGUCCCAACAUAAGCGCAAAUGCAAAUAUCAUUUUAAAUGUGCAGAGUGUAAAAAGGAACACAACACAUUGUUGCAUGGUAUUGACUCACAAACUACUCCGUCUGUCACACUGCUCUCCAGCACCACUCAGGGUCAGGUAUUGUUGCCUACUGCAAGAGUUAAACUUAUUUCUCAGUCAGGCACAAUCAUUUACGCCAAGGCUCUGCUUGACAGUGGGUCGCAAGCUUCUUUUGUAACACAACGGGUAGUCGAUUUAUUACAAGUGAGUCCCACUAAAUCUAAUACUACUAUAAUAGGCAUUACUAACCAUGAAAAGUCUGUUGACAAAUGUAUAAACCUUGAGGUUCAUUCCACUGUUUAUCCAUUCAAGAUAAAUGUCAACUGUCAUGUGGUAAAAACGAUAACCUCCAAAUUGCCACAAACUCAUGUCGACUUAUCAUCCAUUGCACUGCCAUCAAACUGCCAACUUGCCGACCCGUGCUUUUAUAAACCUGGAGAUGUGCACCUAUUGCUUGGAGCUGACAUAUUUUUUCAGGUCCUCCUGACGCCCCUUGAAGGAGCCGCCACUACAAGCAGCCAGCGUUCUGCUUGCGGUCCGGGUGCAGCCAGUCCUGAGCAGCCAUCAAUACUACACACGUCUUUCGGUCACGUCGUCGCCGGCAGUACAGGCACGCCUACUACAUCCAGGCCUAUACUUGUUCGUGCGAAAGUCAUCAUGCAACAACUGUGGCUUAGUGAAACAGACUGGGACUCCAUUCCGCCAGAAAACCUACGUAAGAUGUGGGUCGAUUUCUCACAUGAUUUAUCACUCAUGGAGCCAAUUAAAGUGCCUCGAUGUGUGACGACACAAGGUAUAGCUGUCCACCAACUUAUAGGGUUUGCUGACGCUUCAUCAGUAGCAUACGGUUGCUGCCUCUACUUGCGCUCUAUCGACGCACAAGGUAACAUUCGUCUUGAAUUAUUAUGCUCCAAGUCCAGGGUAAACCCGCUCAGGAAACAGCUGACUGUGCCCAGGCUAGAAUUGAAUGCUGCGCUGCUUCUCUCGGAAUUGUCUGUAAAGACUGAAAGCCUCCGCGUCAGCUCAAUUGAUGGGUUCCUUGCCUGCUGA